AUGUUCAGCAAAAUCGUAGCCUUUGGUGCCAUGCUUGCGGUGGCUAACGCCGGUUUUCUUCAUGGAUACGGACACGCUACCUCUUCCCAAAGCAUCAUCCGCCACGAUGGGGGCCACUACGGUAAUCCUCAUGUCUACGCUGCAUACGCCCCUGCUGCUCACUACGGCGGACACGAUGAAUACGCUCACCCAAAAUACAACUUCGCGUACUCAGUAGCCGACCCUCACACCGGCGACCACAAGUCCCAGCACGAGAGCCGCGACGGUGACGCCGUGCACGGCUCUUACUCCCUGGUGCAGCCCGACGGUUCCGUCCGUAAGGUGGAAUACUCCGCUGAUGCUCACAACGGUUUCAACGCCGUCGUACACAACUCUGGUCCCUCCGUCCACAUUGCCCCCGCCUAUGCCUACAUCGUAGCUUUUGGUGCCAUGCUCGCGGCAGCUAACGCCGGUUUUCUCCAUGGAUACGCACCCGCCACUUCUUCCCAAAGCAUCAUCCGCCACGACGUGGGCCACUAUGCCGCCCCUAUUGCUUAUGCUGCUUAUGCUCCGGCCGGCCACUACGACGCACACGAUGAAUAUGCUCACCCCAAAUACAACUUCGCGUACUCAGUAGCCGACCCUCACACCGGCGACCACAAGUCCCAGCACGAGAGCCGCGACGGUGACUCCGUGCACGGCUCUUACUCCCUGGUGCAACCCGACGGUUCCGUCCGUAAGGUUGAAUACUCCGCUGAUGCUCACAACGGAACCGAUCGAUAUCAAUCACUGACCAGAACUGAUCCAAAUAAGAUCAAAAUGUUCAGCAAAUAGGUAGUGCUUUUUGGAGCUAUGUUCGCAGCGGCAAAUGCUGGUUACUACCCAGGUCAUGGUCACGCUAUCUCCUCACAGAGUGUCGUUCAUCAUGACGAGGGUCUUGUUCUAGGAAAUAUCGCAGCUCCCGCUUACUACGGAGCACCUCUGUUACAAACCGCUCCCCUCACUUAUUAUGCUGCUCCAGCUGUCUAUGACGAACAUUAUGGUGGCCACGACGAAUACGCUCAUCCCAAAUACGACUUCGCGUACUCAGUAUCUGACCCUCACACCGGCGACCACAAGUCCCAGCACGAGAGCCGCGACGGUGACGCCGUACACGGAUACUACUCUCUUGUGCAGCCCGAUGGCUCCGUACGCAAGGUGGAAUAUACUGCUGAUGAUUACAAUGGUUUCAACGCAGUAGUCCACAAUUCUGCUCCGUCUAUCCAUCCCCAAGCCGCCUAUGGAUACUAUUAAUUAGUUAGCUUUUUAUGUACAUUUAUAAGAAGUGUUAGAUUACUCAUAAUAAAAAUUAAAGAUGAUU